AUGGCACCAGCCAGAGCGAGAUUCUGCCCUCUGCUGCUGCUCCUGCUCCUGGGGCUGUGGGUGGCUGAGGUCCCAGUCAGCGCCAAAUGCAAACACAUGACCUCAGCUCAGUGCUUUGACACCCAGCAUGUGCAGCCCAGCCCCCGGGAAUGCAAAAUGGCAAUGGGCAACAACAACAACAAGCACACAAAACACUGUAAGAGCCUCAACACCUUCCUGCAUGAAUCCUUCUCCAGUGUGGCCGCCGCUUGCCAGACCCCCAUCACAGGCUGCAAGAACAGUCACGAAAGCUGCCACCAGAGCCAGAAGCCUGUGUCCCUGACCAUGUGA